CGCCUCCAUCCCUCCGCCCCUCUGAUCCUCUUAUCAGCGAGUAAGCGGCCAAGAUGGAUGUUGUAAACCAGUUGGUGGCCCAAGGGCAGUUCACAAUAAUCAAACAACCGCUGGGAUUUAUUAAAGUUCUACAAUGGAUCUUUGCAAUCUUCGCCUUCUCAACAUGUGGCAGUUACUCUGGCAUGUUCAAGCUGAGCGUGGAGUGUAAAAACCGGUCGGAGAGUGACCUAGGCAUAGAAGUAGAAUUUGAAUAUCCAUUCAGGCUCCAUCAGGUGUACUUUGAUGCCCCCUCCUGUAAGGGAGGGAACCCCGAGCGUCUAUUCCUGGUCGGGGACUACUCUUCCUCAGCUGAGUUCUUUGUCACCAUCGGUGUCUUCUCCUUCCUCUACUCUAUGGCAGCCCUCUCUGUAUACUGUUUCGUACUGGAGAAAUACCGUGAAAACAGCAAGGGGGCCCAGAUCGACUUUGUUGUGACAGCGGUGUUCGCCUUCAUGUGGCUGGUGUCCUCGUGUGCUUGGGCUAAGGGUCUGUCAGAUGUGAAAACAAACACAGAUCCAGAAAAGGUCAUCUCCUACAUCUCAGCCUGUGAUGAACAAGAGAAUCGCUGCCGUGAAGUUUACGACCCCAAAGUCUCUGGCCUCAACACCUCUGUGGCUUUUGGCUUCAUCAACCUGAUCCUGUGGAUAGGAAACCUGUGGUUCGUGUUCAAGGAGACCGGCUGGAUGGCUGCCUUCGCUGGAACAUACGUCCCAUCACAAGAAAAGCAGCCUGCUCCUGAUUCCUUUGCCCAGGGUGGCUACGGUGAGCAGGACCCCUAUGCCGGUUCCCAGGGAGGGUACCAACCCGACUAUGGCCAGCAGGGAGGCUACGAGGAUGGAGGCUACAACCAGGGCUAUGAGCAGCAGCCCACUUCCUACUCUAAUCAAAUGUGAGCCUGUCCAGUCAAACUACAGCUGCAGGAUGGGUGACCUUGUGACUAUGGAGUGUGGCUCUCAACCACCACCUGCAUUUCCGCACUCCUCUGUUUGUCUGUUUGUGUAUUUGUGAGUUGACA